UUUCAUAAGAACCGCUUUCCCACCUUCCACCCACCCAGUGCUAUAAAACCCAUACUCAGCCUCCCCUCCCAUGUGUAGCUGAGCUUGGCUGUUGGGGAUUCCAGUGUUCCUCGACUGAUAAGUAUCUGCUGCUGUUUUUUGAAUCUCCACUCUUUGGUGCAGAAGAGCACAAUGGGAAGUGCAAGGAAACUCCUUGCUUGGCUGGUGUUGGUGGCCUUGGCAUUGUUGAACAGCAGAUGCCAAGCACAACGUGACUGUCAAGUGAGCAAUUUCAGAGUCCAGGAAAACUUCGACAAACACCGAUAUGCUGGCGUUUGGUAUGCUGUGGCCAAGAAGGACCCUGAAGGACUGUUUCUUCAGGACAAUGUGAUAGCCGAGUUUUUUGUGGAUAAAAAUGGGAAGAUGACUGCUACUGCCAGGGGACGAGUAGUGCUUUUCGAUAACUGGGAGCUAUGUGCUGACAUGGUUGGCACCUUCACAGAUACAGCGGAUCCUGCCAAGUUUAAAAUGAAAUAUUGGGGCUUAUCGUCCUAUCUCCAGAAGGGAAAUGAUGAUCACUGGGUAAUAGCCACAGAUUAUGACAACUACGCUCUACAUUACUCAUGCCGUUUGCUCAACGAAGAUGGCACAUGUGCUGACAGCUACUCUUUUGUGUUCUCCCGGAACCCGAAUGGGCUGUAUCCAGAUGCACAAAGAAUUGUCCGACAAAAGCAAACAGAGCUUUGCUUAGAAAGACAGUACAGGGUUAUUGUUCAUGAUGGAUAUUGCUCUUAAGAAGAACUCUAUGGGAGCCAUCAUAUAGCUGUAAAAUGUAUAAACUGUAUGGUAGGAAGUCCUUCAAGUGGAUUCAUUUAGAUUUUGAAUAUAUUUAUCUGAACUGUGCCAUUUAUCCUGCCAGCAAGUAAGUGGAUGUUAAUAAAUGGAGAUUAAUGGAAUGGCAUACUGCUUGCUUUGCAAACACAUUGCCGGUGUUGAAUUUCAAUUCAUAGUCUGUUAUCUGACACACUAUACGUUUUUGAAUAUGAAAGUGUGCAUCUUAUUAAAAGUCUACAAACCUUUAA